UUUUAUCCCAAGUUUAAAACUGCUAGCAUGCAUGAUCGACCAUAUUCUUUGACAAAGAGACGUAGCGUACCUGCAGCAGGCCGGACAAGCGACACAAGUUAAGUUGCAAGCACUAUACUAACCGAAUGUUCUCCAGGGCUAAUAGAUUCAACAGCAAGGGGCCUGAGACUCCAGCCCCUGGGGCCUAUGAUGUGAAAGUGGGUGGAAGGUCCUCUGGGGCUCUGUCAUUUGACAAGUCAUCCAGAUUCAAGAAGAACUCUUCCAAUGAUCUCAGUACUGAUUCUGCUGACAGCUCUUUGCUCAGCAUUUCACAAACACCAUACAAGACCCCCCGUGGGAGACCCCCCACCAGCGGCUACAAGACUCAACCACACUCCGCUGAGGAAGACAGUGACUCAGCGGACAAUAUAAGACAACUGGAGGAACAGCUACGUCGACUGUCCUGCACUUGCAGUGAUCUGACUGAGCAGCUGCUGGCCAGUGGUAACCUCACCUCCACUCUACAGGCUAGGAUGGAUAGUGAGCUCAAGGAGAAGUAUUCUUUGCAAGAGGAGCUCUCCUUCUUGAAGAAGAAGACCGACAGCGGGGCAAAGCUGGAGGCUACAGUGACUCGGCUGAGAGAUAAGAUGUCUACCCUCAAGGAAGACAACUCUCAUCUUACCCAACAACUAGACACGGCCAGAGCUACUUGUCAGGACCAGGAGGACCAGCUCUUCAGUCUGAGGGAGGAGACAACUGCUCAGAGGAGUGAGAGGGACUGUCUGAGGGAACAACUGGACCAGGAACGGGUGAAGUUAGUGACUGCCUUGGAAACACAAGAGCAGCUGGCCAGUGACAUGGACUCCACCCACACACAGCUCUUAGACAAGAUAAGAGUGUUGGAGGAGCGUGUGUUGAGUGUGAGCUCAGAGAGAGAUCGGUUACAAGAGUGUCUAGGGACCACCAGGGAGGAGCUGGUCGUAUCCAAGGAGAUGGUUGCCCAACAACAGACAGAACACCAGCUAGCACUGGAGGACCUCACUAGGAAGUGUCUGGCCCUCGAGGAAGAAGCUGCUCUCCAGUGUCAGACUCAUAAGGACAGUGAGUGUGUGUUGCGUGCCCAGCUGCUGUCCACACAGGAGGCACACACACGACUGGAUGAAGAGAACCAAGCCACCCUCAGAGCACUGAGCACCAAAGAGACACAGCUGGAGGAAGUUAGUGGAGAGCUUGCAUCACUCACCACUGCCUAUAGCAAGGACAAGCUCUCCAAUGAGGAACAGCUACGUGUAGCUAUGGAAACCAUUCAGCAAGUACAGCGGACUACGACUUCUAUGGAGGCAGUACACAGGAGCAGUAUGGAGGAGGCUACACGGAGAACCCUUGAUCUGGAGGAGGAGCUAGCUGCCACCCAGUCUCAACUAACAACCAUUCUCUCAGCUUCCAGUGACUUGAAGCAGAAUGAUGAGGAGACUGACGCUGGUGUGAGGGUGGACCACCAGUCUCUGUCAGAUAGCAACGUUAGAAGACUGGACAAUGAUGACCAGGCUGCUCGGAUUGAUGACCAAGCUGCUAGAAUUGAUGACCAGACUGCUAGGAUUGAUGACCAGACUGCUAGGAUUGAUGACCAGGCUGCUAGAAUUGCUGAGCUAGAGGCGGAGGUUGAAAGACUUACUCAAGAGAACGAUGGCCUCAAGCAAGCCUACGCUGAGCUUGAGGAGAAGUAUGCUCCUUAUCAAGAGACUAUCGACAAACUAGAGGCACAGAAUAAACUACUCACCAGCCAAACAGCCGCAGCACAACAAGAGGCCCAGAGACUGAGUGAGCAAUACGCCAAGCUAUUGGGACAUCAGAACACUCGACAGAAGAUCAUGCACGUCAAGAAUCUCAAGGAUGAGAACGCAGCUCUAAAACAAGAAGUCAUCAAGCUCAAGAAUGAGCUCACUCAUGUCAAGCGAACCAUGAUCCGCCGUGAGGAUGAGACUAGUGCUGGGGUCAAGGGAAAACCACUCCUCCCCCGCAACUAACCCAUGCAUAGCUAGCUCUACUUGUACAUUCUGAUCUGUUUCAUGUAAUUUAAUUACUUAUCAAUGUAGAUCUUCACAGG